AUUAUCUAUAGUAUUAAAGAUGGCGUCCUUGUCGCAGUUGCUAUUCUUUACUAAACAAUAAUGAGAAAAUAGAUUUUUUCAACUAUUUUUAUCACUUCUACUUAAAAAUUCAAUCAACAUCUUGGAAAAACCUAUUACCUUCACCAGUUAUUUAUUUUGAUAAUGUGAUAGUAAGUGAACCGAUGGCUUCAAAUGUGCAAGGCUCUUCUUUCACUCAACAAACAUUUGUUGAGGAAAUUGAUUACAAUGAGAUUCAGGAAUUACAGGUGGUAGGUAAAGGAGCUUUUGGUGUGGUAUGGAAGGGUCUUUGGAGGAAUACAUUUGUUGCUGUAAAGCACAUUAAUUCGGAGGCAGAAAAACGGCAAUUCGCAAUUGAAGUGAGACAAUUGUCUCGAGUUUCUCAUCCUAAUAUUGUACAGUUGUAUGGAGCAUGUACACAAGGUGCGCAUGUGUGUCUUGUUAUGGAGUAUGCUGAAGGUGGCUCUUUAUACAAUGUUCUUCAUGUCCGGCCAAAACCUAAAUAUACUGCUGCUCAUGCUAUGAGUUGGGCAAGACAGUGUUCAGAGGGUGUGGCAUAUCUACAUGCUAUGAAGCCAAAGCCACUUAUUCACAGGGAUCUUAAACCUCCAAACCUACUUUUAGUUGCAGGAGGAAAGAAAUUGAAAAUUUGUGAUUUUGGCACUGCUGCUGAUAAGGCCACAUACAUGACUAAUAAUCAAGGUAGUGCUGCUUGGAUGGCCCCAGAGGUAUUUGAAGGCUCUUCUUACACAGAGAAAUGUGAUGUGUUUUCAUGGGGAAUUAUUUUAUGGGAAGUUUUAUCCAGAAGAAAACCAUUUGAAGAAGGGGGUACAGCAUAUAGGAUAAUGUGGGCAGUUCAUACAGGGGAGCGGCCUAAUUUAAUAGAAGGGUGUCCAGAACCCAUAGAGCAAUUAAUGACUCAGUGUUGGCAUAAAGUUCCUUCAGAGAGACCAAGCAUGGCCAAGGUUGUUGAGAUUAUGAAAGCACUAUGCGAAUUCUUUCCCGGCGCCGAUACUCCAAUCAACUACGAUGACCUCGAAGCAGACGAGGAGGAAUACUCUGACGACUACAUGAUCUAUGACAGUCGGGAGAUCUAUGACACGGACACUGAAAACAUGACACAAGCCCACAAUCCCAUAUUUUCAAAUGAAUCAAACUCAAUAAGAAAUACGGGGAAACUCUCCCCUCGGCCUAGAAGCUUUGUAGAGAGCCAAGUUAAUAGAUUACAGGUGUUAAUGGAACCGAAACCCACAGUCUCCGAUUUGAAACCAAAAAGGCUAGAGUUGUUGGAACCGGGACGACUGGCUAAACUAAACUCGCCUGGAUCGGAGCGGGGUCUGCCCAGCGAAGGAAGUACCCCUCAAGAUACAUUGAGAGUGUUUCGGAGUCCCAAUAUUUUUAGUGAAUCAUCAACGCCUCGUGGGCCAUCGCCCAUCGUGAAUUAUAAUAUUGGGAAUAUGAAUCCGAGGCAUAUUGACAUUGAGCAGUAUUGGAAUAGGGAGAACGAUAAGUCUCCAGCUAGGACACCCUCAGCUCUUAGCACGAAUUCGUCCCGUAAAGAGGAUUAUAACCAGAAUUACUGUGAUAAAUUGAGUGCGGCAAACAGUCCUAUGACCCCGAUAAGGGAAUACAACGGGAAUGUUGGUGAUACGAGAUAUCAGACACCAUUGCAAAUUGAUGUUGAUCCUAACUCUUGGGAAUUGCGUGAAGGACUUCAAGAUAUUGACGGCUAUGUUGAAGUAAGGCACACAGGCGGACUUGACAAGUUUAUGCCGAUUGGUAACAGCAGUAGUUCGGGCGCGGAAGGCGCGGCCCCGGCCACCGAACCUGACCCAGAUCUUGAUUCUAUGCACAUGAUGCUGGACCCUCACUUAAGGCCUAUCUCGCCUGACCUCACAAACGAAGAAUCCAAGCGGAUAUUUGAGGAACACAAGCAGUUGGCGCAGGAGUAUCUCAAGAUACAAACAGAGCUGGCGUACUUGAGCAAACACAAAUCGGAACUCGAAGAAAAAAUGGAUGAUGAAGAGUUGCGACAAAAGAGAGAGAUUAUACAGCUUGAAAAUGAAAAGGAUUCGUUAAUAAAACUUUACUGUACAUUGAAGAACCAAGUAACUCGCGCGGAAAAUGAAAGCUGGCUUCUGGGAGAGGAUGCGCCCCACCAGUGACGUCACACGACCCUGACGUCACGUGACGCCGCGGACCACACGCAUUUGUCCAAUUAGGUCAAUUGUCAUUUUGAUUUUUGACAUGGAAUACUUUCGGAAAACGUUUGAGAUUUAUAGACGCCAUUUUGUAAGUUAUAGUUAACGUUGAAGUAAUUUAUUUUUUCAAGGUUUUCUUAGAACAAUACAUUGAAUCGAAAAGUUGUUGUAGGUAACAAUAAUUAAAAAAAAACUUGUUACUAGUCUGGGAUUAAACAUUUUAAGUACUUAAAAAAAAAUAUAAAAAAUGGUACUGCGA